CCUAAUAUGUUCCUUGUGCCUGGACAAAAUGCUAACCACAAGCCUACGUCACUGUACAAAUAUAAACAGAAACUCACUAGUCCAAUUGAACAGGCAUAUUUUAAGACAAUUCUCAAAUCUACCUAAAAUGUGUAUGUGUGGGACAAGUUACCAAAGACAAACAGUAUUUUAUAGAGUACACUCAACACAAAGUGACCAUCAUAGACAAAAAGUUAUUAUAGAGACAACUGCACCCAAGAUAGUCUUAAACAAAAUUAAAGAAGAUAAAAAGGAGAAGGAUUAUAGAUUUUUCUGGAGAGACAAAGUUGAUCCAUAUAUAAAAUUGGCAAGAUGGGAUAAACCUAUAGGUGUCUACCUCCUUUACUUUCCAAGCACAUGGUCAAUAGCGUUGGCCUCAAUUCCCGGUAAUGUAGAUCUUUACACUAGCUUACACACUGCGGGUUUGUUCUUAGCUGGUGCAGGUCUCAUGAGGGGAGCUGGGUGUACAAUUAAUGAUCUAUGGGAUCGAGAUAUUGAUAAACAGGUAGAAAGGACAGCUAACCGCCCUCUCGUGGCAGGAUUAAUAAGCGAGAAGCAAGCAAUUGCUUUCCUUGCCUUACAAUUAAGCCUGGGUCUUGGAAUAUUACUACAAUUUAACUGCUAUAGUGUCGUGUUAGGAGCUAGUAGUAUGUUCUUUGUAAUAACCUACCCACUCGCAAAGAGGUUCACCAACUACCCUCAAGUCUACCUCGGAGCCACAUUCAAUUGGGGAGCAUUACUGGGUUAUUCAGUACUACAAGGACACUUGGAACCAUCCGUCUGUGUACCACUGUAUAUAGCUGCAAUGGCAUGGACUGUUUUAUACGACACAAUAUAUGCACAUCAGGACAAAGUCGACGAUUCUCGUAUCGGUGUUAAGUCAACAGCUCUAACGUUUGGCGAACACACAAAGCCGGCGUUAACGGCCGCGUUAUCCAUAUCUUUGGCUGGCUUUUCUCUCGCCGGUUACGCGGCAGACCUCAAUGUGUUGUACUAUGCUGGACUGGUUGCGUUCGCGGCCCAUGCUGGCCGACAAAUUUACACUCUCGACACCGAAAACCCAGCGGAUUGUGCAAAAAAGUUCAAGUCCAACGCCGUAGUGGGUUUGAUAAUAUUAAUGGGUAUUUUAGGUGGCGGUUAUAAUAAAUAUAUGGAGAAUCGCGAAAAGUUUAAAGGCAAGGAGAAUUUGGAAGCGACUAAAAGCUGCUUAUUUGGUUAAUAGGAAAUAACGUAAUGUAGGGCUAUUGCUUAUUGCGUUUGUCAAUUGUUUUUGACCGUCAACUGUCAACGUGUGGCGGGUAAUAUUUUUAUUCACUGAUUUUUUAUUCCGUAGAAUUCUGACAUUUCAUUAGUGUUGCUACUAAAAAAGUUCUCCGCCGAAAAAGGCACAAAUUUAACCCUUUUGAGGGUAA